UGAUACGCAUACUGCCAUAUUGAUCGAACCCUCUCCUCGGCAUUUCGCCGAACACACGCCAUGCACUCCCUCAGGCGUAUCCUCCGCCUUCCCGUCUCCACUACCAGCUCCACCUGCAGCCUCCGCUGCCUCUCAUCCCACCGCCCCGCGCCGCCGCACCCCUCCACAGCGACCGGCGACGACGAGUGGAACGACGCGUGGGAGACCGCAUGGCUCCCGGGCGACUCUCCCGCGUCCUCCCCGGCGCCCGCCGCGCCGUGGGAGUCCCCGUCAUCGGAAACCGUUGCGACCACCGUACCAACCAUCUCCGCUGAGGUGGACCCUGACACGAAAGCCUUCGUCGCCGACAUGGACGAGCGCUGGGCCGAGCGCCGCGCCGCGACGAGGCGGUCGCGCGCUUCUCGCCCUAGUGCUGCCGAGGGUGGGGGCGGCGCCGGAGCGAAGAAGGCAGGGGCGGACGAGUACAGGACCAGGAAACAGCGCGUCCACGCGGCGCUGUGGGUGAAAGAGAUCGAUAAGAUGGAGGAGGCGCGCCUCGGCGGUCGCGGCGGCGGCGCAGCCGACGACAUCGACCGGCUCCUUGACUCAUGCUCUGAGAUCUUUGAUUCUGGCAACACUGGUUUGGGCGAUUCAAAUAUUCCAAGCACGGCUGAGAUCAAAACCAAGCCUGAUGGUUGGGAAACCACCUCGAGAGGUCAGGAUGGCAACAUAUGGGAGAUCUCUCAGCGUGAAGAGGACAUUCUUCUCCAAGAAUUUGAGAGGCGCAUUGCUUUCAGUAAACAGCAGAUUGCUAGUUUCAUCAAAACUCACAUAUUUAGCCGGAGACGGCCUAUCGAUGGAUGGAAGUACAUGAUCGAAGAAAUUGGCCCCAAUGCAAGGAAAGGAAAGGGGAGUGUACAGAGGCUACCGAGUGUGACUGAUCCCGCUACCCAGCCUUUCAGGGAGGAGACACCUGCAAUUGCCUCUGGUUCCUCCUCCUUCAGAGGAGACCCCUCUCGUUCCUCCUUCAGAGACUCCUCUGAUUCCUCCUUCAGAGGAAACCGACAUUACUGAAGCAAUCUCUUUACUGAUUUUCGUUGGUAUCUGCACACAUGCAUGCCUUGUUGUCUCCAAAACCCUGGUUGAUAAAUUCCUUGUGGAGAAACAUAUUUUAUUUUCUAAGUCAUAUGUUUGGGUACGGAUACAAUGCUUUGGAAAGACAUUAAUGCAAAUGUUUAUUAGGGUCACCACAUGUUUGUACAUGUUUACCAAGGGCAGCAUAUCUGCUUGAAAGAUAGUUAACGGUCA